CUUAGGUGUGUAUUUAAGAUGAGAUGAGAAGCGGAUGUUUCUUGUCCUCUCCGCGUAGAGUGCCAGCUGUGGCGCCACGGCUGCCCGCUUGAUUGCAUCACCCCCACCGAGACUCCCAUUUCGUAUUCCAUACCUCACUCACUCACCGUGUGGAGAGAGAGAGAGAGAGAGAGAGAGAGACCUUCAAAUUCUGAGCCGUAAAGCGAAAGCCACGCGACGAAGAAUGGGGGAAAGGAGAUAACAAGGAAUCGCAAAAAGAAGGCCGAGAAUUCCUUCGGGAACUAUACAGCGCAAGUGGGUUUUGAAAGCAUAGGAAAAAAAUAUUGAAGAAAGGAAAGGUGAUGGCGAAGAGCGGCGCGGCAGAAGGGGACCAGGCGGCGGCGGCGAGAGCCAUGGAGCUUAAGAGAGAACUGAAGAGGCUGGUGAAGUCGAUCGCGGAAGAUGACGGCGACGAUGUUAUAAAUCUCGAGGCGAUUGACAGAGCGCAGAAAACGCUGCGCGCGAUGAGGGAAUUGAGGCUGAAGAGAAGCGGCGGUUUGACGGCGUGCGACGGCGAGACGGCGGCGGGGGCGGUGCCGGAGGAGUUUAAGUGCCCGCUGUCUAUGGAGCUCAUGAGGGAUCCCGUCAUUAUCGCCUCGGGUCAGACAUUUGAUAGACCAUUCAUUCAGAAAUGGUUGAAAUCAGGGAACCGAACCUGCCCUCGAACGCAGCAGGUGCUUUCGCACACUAUCCUCACCCCGAACCACUUGAUUCGGGGCAUGAUCGUGCAAUGGUGCAAAAUGCACGGCAUCAAGUUGCCAGAAUCCGUCGAUUACACCAACGAGGAGCCAUUGGCAGAGGUUGAUCGGGCUCGUUUCCUCUCGUUGCUCAAGAAAAUGUCGUCUGCUUCGCGGUUGGAUCAGAGGGAAGCGGCCAAGGAGUUUCGUCUCCUGACAAAGCGAACCCCUUCCUUCCGCGCCCUCUUUGGCGAAUCUCUCGAUGCAAUACCUCAGCUGCUGUCUCCGCUCUCCCAGACGAAGCACGACGGGGAGCCUCACCCGGACCUCCAAGAGGACCUGAUCACGACUCUCUUGAACCUCUCCAUCCACGACAACAACAAGAAGCUCGUUGCGGAGACACCAACAGUCAUACCUCUCCUCAUGGACGCGUUGAGGUCGGGAACCAUCGAGACAAGGAGCAAUGCGGCUGCGACCCUCUUCACAUUAUCGGCCCUCGACUCAAACAAGGCCCUGAUCGGGAAAUCCGGCGCGUUGAUGCCCCUCAUCGACCUAUUGGACGAGGGGCAUCCGUCGACGAUGAAAGACGUCGCCUCGGCAAUCUUCAACCUCUGCAUCAUCCUCGAGAACAAGGCGAGGGCCGUUAAGAACGGGGCGGUGCCCGUGAUCUUGAAGAAGCUCGAGAGCAGGAUCCACGUGGACGAGCUGCUGUCGAUCCUCGCUAUGCUCUCGACCAGCCAGAGGGCGAUCGAGGAGAUGGGCGAGCUCGGGGCAGUCCCCUGCCUGCUCGGCAUAAUGAGGGAGACGUCUUGUGCGCGCAACAAGGAGAACUGCGCGGCCAUUCUCUACAACGUCUGUUGCAGCGAUCGGUCCAAGCUGAAGGCGAUGAGGGACGAGGAGGCGACUCAUCGCACGAUAUCGCAGCUCGCCGAGGAUGGCACGUCUAGAGCUAAGAGGAAAGCCAGUGGCAUUCUUGAGAGAAUGAGACGAAGUUCGAAUCUCACCUACACCUCGUGAUUGAUCGAUUGAGCUCUGCAGCAAAUUUCUGUAAAUUCUUCACCACCUAUCUUUUCCAUACAAAUAUAUUGAAUUAUUGUUUAUAUUAUGCUUCUAGGAAGAGAUUUGAUCUUAGUGUUAGCACUAGUUAGUUCUUGGUAAAUAGUAAUGAUCUUGCUUUGAGGGCCUUUUCCGAAUUUGUUUGCUUUCUUCUGUAUAAUAAAGAGUGGUCUAGUUCUAGGUUCAAACUCGAAUAUCAUGGUUAGACGUAAAUUUUGGUAAAUUAUUACUCUUAUAUUCCAUUAUAAAUGUCUCAUUCAUUUUUUGGCUA